UUUUUCAGCUGCCGCAUUUAUCCACCCACGGCCGCCGCGCGAUGGUGGCGCGCCAGCGUGUGGCCUCCGGCCGCCAAGGCCAGUGGCCGGCAGCCGCGGCUCCAUCCGGAGCCCGUCGCACCUGCUUCACUCGCUCCGCGCAGCCUCGAUUCCCCUCCAGACGUCGACGUCGCCCCGGGAUGGGAAGGUGAGGAGGAGAAUAUGGUGGGGGGGGGGGGGGGGGGGGGAUGGGGGAGGUUACGCAGGGGGUAGAGCGGGAAGGUGAACGGCGGGCAGGCUCGGUGACUCUGCCAAGGGCUGCGGGAUGGAGAACCCGUUCGACAACCCGGCGAUGAAGAGAACCAGCGACUGGAUCCUCUCACAGGAAUUCCCGAGCGAUAUCACCAUCCAGGUCGGGGACGCGACCUUCAACUUGCACAAGCUCCGGUUGGCAUCGAGGUGCGGCUACAUACGGAAGCUGGUGUCGGGGAUCAAUGGCUUCAAGGUCACCCACAUAGACAUCACGGGCAUGCCGGGCGGCGCCAGGGCGUUCGAGCUCGUCACCAAGUUCUGCUACGGCGAGAACUUGGAGAUCACGGAGGACAACGUCGCGAUGCUGCGGUGCGCGGCCGAGCACCUGGAGAUGACGGACGAGAGCAAGGGCGCGAGCCUGGUGGGCACGACGGAGGCAUACCUGGAGGCCGUGGCGCUGACGAGCCUCACCGGCGCGGUCACGGUGCUCCGCAAGUCCGAGGAGCUCAUCCCGGUGGCCGAGGAGGUGGACCUCGUCGGCAGGAGCAUCGACGCCAUCGCGCACAUCACCUGCCACGACAGCCAGUUCACCAUGCCACUGGGCAGCACGGACGGUAGCUACAACGGCGUGAAGGUGUGGAAGGCCGUCGACGACUGGUGGGCCGACGAGCUGACCUCGCUGCGGAUUGACACGUUCCAGAGAGUCGUGAUUGCGAUGAAGGCGAGGGGGUUCAAGGGCAUUGCUUUGGGCACGCUCAUCAUGCUCUAUGCCCAGAAGUCUCUGCGAAGACUGAACAUGCACGGGAGGGACAAGAAGAAGAUGGACCCGAGGCAAGAGCACGAGAAGCGGGUGGUUCUUGAAACGAUCGUGAGCCUGCUGCCGAAGGAGAACUCCACGUCCGUGAGCUUCCUGUCGAUGCUGCUGCGAGCGGCGCUCCACCUGGACACGACGCUGGCGUGCCGGCUCGACCUCGAGAAGCGGAUGGCCGCGCAGCUCGGGCAGGCCGUGCUCGACGACCUCCUGAUCCCGUCCUACUCGCCCGAGGCCAGCACCACGUUCGACGUCGACGCCGUCCAGAGGAUCCUGGCCGGGUACCUGGAGCACGAGGGCGAGGCGACCCGGCUGGACUACAGCACGGACGACGACUUCAUCUCGACGGCAUCGCCGCUCAACGACGUCGGCAUGGUCGGCAAGCUCAUGGAGGCCUACCUGGCCGAGAUCGCCUCGGACAUGAACCUGCCCAUUGACAAGUUCACCGGCCUCGCCGAGAUGAUCCCGGAACGUGCCAGGUUUAACGAGGACGGCAUGUACCGCGCCAUCGACAUCUACUUGAAGGCGCAUCCGCAUCUGAGCGAGGCCGAGAGGAGGAAGGUGUGCAAGGCGAUGGACUGCCAGCGGCUGUCGCGCGAGGCGUGCGCGCACGCGGCGCAGAACGACCGGCUGCCGGUGCAGACGGUGGUGCAGGUCCUCUACCACGAGCAGCGGCGCCUGCGCGAGGCCCCCGCGCACCCGCCCAGCGGCGCGUCCUCGUUCAGCGGCGAGUCCCCGGCCCCGUCGCUGCCCUACAAGCCGGCGCAGAGCCUCAUGGGCCGGCACGCCCGGGGCGGCGCGGCGCAGGACGAGCUGUCGCGGCUGCAGCGGGAGAACGAGGAGCUCAAGAUGGAGGUGAUGAGGCUGAAGAUGCGCCUAAGGGACCCGUCGGCGCUCCCUCCGGCCGGCGGCGCUCCACCGCCCUCGGGGCGGCCCCCGCAGCCGAAGAAGCCCGGCGGCGGCGGGUUCAUGAACAACGUGUCCAAGAAGCUCGGGAGGCUCAACCCGUUUCUGCGGCAUGACGCCAUGGAUGGCGGGAAGGUGCGCACGAAGCCGCCCAAGGAUCGGAGGCACUCGAUCGGCUGGUGAGGUUGCUCGAUCUAAUGGCCGCCGGCUUCUUCCCGUCCUGGACCAUGACGGCAAUUUCGCCUGAACAUACAAUGUGACUCACGGAUCAAAUGGCUUUUGAGUUGUGAGUAGAUAUAGCCAUAUAGGUAGCAAUCUCACUUGAACAUAAAUAAGCAUUUUAUCAUGUCAAAGAGCAUGGAUUUAGUGGGCUGUAAAUCCUGCAUUGUACCUAAAUCUUACAGGGUAACUUCUGUGUAGAAAAAUUUUCAAAAAAGAACUUCUGUGUAGAAA